UGGAGCUCCGGAGCGAAAUGGCCGCUCAGGUCCCGGCCGCCGGGCCUCCGCGCUCUCCGUGAAGGGUCGGAGGAUGCGCGGGAAGUAGCAGCGGUCUGCUGGUCAGCGGAGACGGACGCCUCGGGGACCUCUCCGAUCGUCACCGCGCUUCCCCUGCGUGCCUCCAGGCCAAUGUGCAAUACCAACAUGUCUGUGUCUACCGAGAGUGCUGCAAGCACCUCACAGAUUCCAGCUUCGGAACAAGAGACUCUGGUUAGACCAAAACCAUUGCUUUUGAAGUUGUUAAAGUCCGUUGGAGCACAAAAAGAUACUUACACUAUGAAAGAGAUUAUAUUUUAUAUUGGCCAGUAUAUUAUGACUAAACGAUUAUAUGACGAAAAGCAGCAGCAUAUUGUAUAUUGCUCAAAUGAUCUUCUAGGAGAUGUGUUUGGAGUCCCAAGUUUCUCUGUGAAGGAGCACAGGAAAAUAUAUGCAAUGAUCUACAGAAACUUAGUGGUUGUGAGUCAGCAAGACUCUGGCCCUGGCUCAUCGGUGAGUGAGGACAGAUGUCAGCCUGACGGUGGGAGGGAGCUGAAGGACCCUGUGCAGGUGCCACAAGAAGAGAAACCUUCAUCUUCUGAUUUAGUUUCUAGACCGUCUACCUCAUCUAGAAGGAGAACAAUUAGUGAGACAGAAGAUAACACAGCUGAACUACCUGGUGAACGACAACGGAAACGCCACAGGUCCCUGUCCUUUGAUGAGAGCCUGGGACUGUGUGUGCUGAGGGAGAUAUGCUGUGAACGAGGCAGCAGCAGCAGCAGCGAGUCCACAGAGACCCCCUCGUAUCAGGAUCUUGAUGACGGCGCGAGUGAAGAGUCUGGUGACUGCCUAGAUCAGGAUUCGGCUUCUGAUCAGUUUAGUGUAGAAUUUGAGGUUGAGUCUCUUGACUCAGAAGAUUACAGCCUGAGUGACGAAGGGCCCGAGCUCUCAGAUGAGGAUGAUGAGGUCUAUCGGGUCACAGUCUAUCAGACAGGAGAGAGUGAUGCAGACUCUUUUGAGGGAGAUCCUGAGAUCUCAUUAGCUGACUAUUGGAGAUGCGCCUCGUGCAACGAAAUGAACCCUCCGCUUCCAGCACACUGCAACAGAUGCUGGGCCCUCCGUGAGAACUGGCUUCCCGAAGACAAAGGGGGAGAAGAGGAAGUGGAAACCUCUGAAAAGGCCAAGCUGGAAAACUCAGCUCAGGCAGAAGAAGGCUUAGAUGUGCCUGAUGGCAAAAAAAUGGUGGAGGACGACGCGAAGGAGUUCUGUGUUGAGGACAGCGAGGAGAAGGUCACAGACAUGCCCCUGUCGCAGGAGAGCGACGACUACUGCCAGCCGUCUACCUCCAGCAGCGUGGUUCACAGCAGCCAGGAGAGUGUCAGAGAGCUGAAGGAGGAAACGGAGGACAGAGAGGAAAGUGUGGAACCUAGCUUCUCCCCAAAUGCCAUAGAGCCAUGUGUGAUCUGCCAGGGGCGGCCUAAAAAUGGCUGCAUUGUUCACGGCAAAACCGGACACCUCAUGUCGUGUUUCACGUGUGCAAAGAAGCUAAAGAAAAGGAACAAGCCGUGCCCGGUGUGCAGACAGCCGAUCCAAAUGAUUGUGCUAACUUACUUCAACUAGCUGACCUGCCCACAAAAGGAGAAUUUUAUAUUUCUAACAUAACUGGACAAUGUGGGUAUUAUUUUUAUACAUUAAACAGGAAUCUGUCUUAGUCUACAUAAAAUUCUCUUGUAAUUUAUCAUUGAGGGUAAAAAUAUUGAAUGUUUUCUUCCUUUUAGGAAAAUUUCACUUGAUUAUAUUCGUGUUUUAAUAUAAUUUUCAUUGGCUGUUUUCAUUUUCCUUCCAUUUUAGUCCCCAAACUGUGCUUUGUACAGUGAGAGGUCCUGUCCAUCUCCUGCAGAUGAUGCCUUCCUCAUGAGGAGCUACAGAAGAAUUGCUUGAUUUCUAAUUUUUUUGUUAAUAAUAAGAGCAUUUAAUUUAUUUAGUACCUUUCAUGUAAAGAGUUAAAGACUGUGAAGGAUUGUAUAUUUAAGUUAUUAAAAUUAUGAAACUCCACAGUUCUACAAAAUGUGUGAGUUGUGGGCUGCAGAGAAGCGUCAGCCAAUAGAGACAUCUGCUAUGUUCGCCCAGUGACACACAUUUGAUCCUUGGAAAGUGGUGUCGUUCUCUGGUCUCCAAAUGGACACACAUGCGUAUGAACACAUCAUUUAAAGGCAUGAGUUGCAUGUGAUUCAUAGUGAGUUUCAGGCCUGUACUUCCACUAGAUUUAGAAACCAGUCCAUCCGAAAGACAAAAUCAGACGUGGAUGGAGCGAACUCAUUUUAAAAUGACACCUCUGUCCGUGUAGAUUAGCCUCUUGAUCCAUGAGCCUUCCCCUUUGCGUGAAGGGUCGUGUCUCUUUCACAUGUCUAAGUGUAGAAAGCACAAGCACCUGAACGGUAAGUUUAGUGUAACCAAAGGGUUGUAUUGACGUUGACUUGGUGCAUCAAGGACAAGCACACUCCUCCCCCGUGCUCCAGCGAGGAGGAGGCAUCGUCAGCCGUGGCAUCCAGACGAGGAGGGGCUUCCUUCCCGAUUCACAGUAGAAUGCUGUGGUUAUAUCCUUGUGCAUUAGUAGUUAUUAAAUGUUUACUUAGGUGUGGCAUAUUUAUUUGCAAAUAAAUGGUUUAUUGAAGAAUUGUAAAAAGA